GCGGCCGCCUGGGCGCUCGGCUCCUGGGGUCCGCCAGCGCAGGGGAUCCCGCGUGCGGUUCUCGGGGGCCGGGAACGCGGGUCGUUGCCGCCGCGUCGCUAUGACCUCCGUGUUCGGGAAGCCCCGCGCGGGUAGCGCGGCGCACAGCGCGCCCCUUGAGGUCAACUUGGCCAUCCUGGGGCGCCGCGGGGCCGGCAAGUCCGCCUUGACAGUGAAGUUUCUGACCAAGAGGUUCAUCAGCGAGUAUGAUCCCAACUUGGAGGAUACCUACAGCUCGGAGGAGACCGUGGACCACCAACCCAUCCACCUGAGGGUCAUGGACACUGCAGACCCGGACACCCCCAGGAACUGCGAACGCUACCUGAACUGGGCUCAUGCCUUCCUGGUGGUGUACAGCGUGGACAGCCGCCAGAGCUUCGAGGGCAGCAGCGGCUACCUGGAGCUGCUGGCCCUGCAUGCCAAGGAGACACAGCGUGGCUUCCCUGCCCUGCUGCUGGGCAACAAGCUGGACAUGGCCCAGUACCGGCAGGUCACCCAGGCGGAGGGCGCAGCCCUGGCCGGCAGGUUCGGAUGCCUGUUUUUCGAGGUUUCCGCCUGCCUGGACUUCGAGCAUGUGCAGCACGUCUUCCACGAGGCGGUACGGGAGGCAAGGCGGGAGCUGGAGAAGAACGCCCCAGCCCGGCCCCUCUUCAUCUCGGAGGAGCGGGCGCUGCUCCCUCAUCAGGCCCCGCUCACCGCCCGGCACGGGCUGGCCAGCUGCACGCUCAACACUCUGUCCACCGUCAGCCUGAAGGAGAUGCCCACCGUGGCCCAGGCCAAGCUGGUCACAGUCAAGUCGUCCCGUGCCCAGAGCAAGCGCAAGGCUCCCACCCUGACCCUCCUGAAGGGCUUUAAGAUCUUCUGAACACUCCUCUCCAGGAGCUGGCCCGAACCUGCAAGGGACUGCAGGGCCCGGAGGCUGGCUCAGCGCCUGGCUGAUGCCUGAACGACAGCUGAGCCAGCCUCCAGCACCGAGCAGAGCAAUCAGCAGUGUCCUACCCUCAGGUCACUGUGUGAACUGCAGCGACAAACAGAGGCGCUGAUCCCUCGCCCUUGGUCAGCGUGGGAACAGCUGCUCCCUCUGAAAUUCUGCAGGGAAAUAGCUCCUGCUACAACCCAGAGAGCUGGGGUCAGCCUUGAGCGAAAGGAAGUCGCAGUGUCCUUCCUGCCGCUAUGACCUCCUGCUGCUCCAGCUCCCGCCUGGUCCUUCCUCAAGGGCCCCAACUCACAGCGGUGGAGACCUUCAGAGCCACGUGCACUUGGGCUUGGCUCCUGAGGCUCGGCCUUGAUGUCAUAGCGCCACCUUUUGGACA